AUGACAAUUUUUAAUUCAAUUUCAUCAAUUUCAAAUCCAACAAGAUCAACAUCAAGUUCAAUCGCCACCCUUAAUUAUACUGGAUCAGUUUUCAAUGAUAAUUCAACAGCAUGUUUUGAUAAUGAUUUGGGAAGAUGGGGUGGUUGUGGUGGUUGUGGUGGUUCAAAUGUUAAUAUUAUUAACCUUGACAUUGAUAUUGGUCGUCGUCGUCAUCGUAGAUGUUGUUAA